GUUUGAGGUCUGUAGGUUUUUGCGCGAAGGUGCAGAUGUUGGCGGUCGGAAGAGACAGGAGAGGAAGAAAUAGGCUGCAGAGGUCUUUGUUCAAAUCCAGGCACUUAACGCAGUAUAUAAGGUGAUAUUUCUGCUGAUAUGGCAAACACUGGAGACAUCCAUGUGAAGGAGCUGAACAAGCGUUCUUCAGGUCAAGCAUUCGAGAUCAUCCUGACACCCUCAACACCAGAUGCCAAGGGGGCAUUUCCACUGUCCCCAACUAAAAAAAAGGAAACUUCACUGGAUGAGAUUAAGAAGAAAUUAGAAGCAGCAGACGAGAGACGCAGGAGUCAUGAGGCUGAAGUGCUGAAACACCUGGCUGAAAAAAGAGAGCAUGACAAGGAAGUCAUCCAGAAGGCCAUAGAGGAAAAAUGCAACUUUAGCAAGAAGGUGCAAGAGAAGAUGAAUCAGAAGAUGGAGGCAAACAAGGAGAACCGCACUGCACGGAUGGAAGCUCUCAGUGAGAAGUUCAAAGAGAAGGACAAGAAGCUUGAAGAAGCUAGGAAGAACAAGGAGGCGAUGAAAGAAGGGGAACAUUAAUUUGUGUGUGAUCUGGAAAACAAUCUUUACAUCUCCAAAGAUAAGCUGUAUGUUUUACUGACUCUUACACUGUUUUCUUUGUUGCAUUAGUUCUGAUAAUGCUGUUGAAUCAGUGCUGGAUAGAGUGGUUACAUUGGGUAUGGAAAUCAUCUGAUGUUUCUUCACUUGUAAAUUUCCUUUUGGCAGCUGAUUAUGUUUUGUAGUACUUUUUAAACUUCAUUCUAUUGUGACAAACUGGUCUGUCAUACUGUUAAAACUGAUCCUAUAACACUGUUCUGAACUGCUGACAAUGUUUGAUCAUACUGUUUGAUGCCAAGAUUCUGCCAUUAAAGUGUGUAUCCACCGUU